CCACUACUCCCCAUGCAUGGUCCAUUUCAUCAAAGCAGAUUACAACAAGCUGCCCAAACAGUUGCUCCUACAGUAGUAGCCUAGCCUCUUCCUCUUCCUCUUCUUCCUCCUCUCUGAAUCAUAAAAGAAACGCAAAAGCCAGUGAAGCUUCCUCCAAUGAAUCCACCUCCUCCAUAUCUUCUCUUCUCCUCCGCAUGCAUAUAUCCAAGCAUUCUUUACUCAAGCCACUAGCUAGCUAGCGUGCUCUGCAUGCCAACGCCACCUCCUGUCCACUAGCCCUACGUACGUAGCAGCUUCUCCCAAGAGCGCAGCGCGCCAUGAGCAACGUGUUCGGCGCCGGCGGCCAUGGCCGUGGUGACCAUGGCCAUGGAGGAGGGGGCGGAGGGGAGCAGCACGGGGGAGCCGACGGCACGCUGCUCUGCUACUUCCACCCGAGGGAGCUGCUGGUCGGCGUGUGCGCGCACUGCCUCCGGGAGCGCCUGCUCCUCCUCCUCGCGGCCAAGCAGGGCGGCGGCACAGGCCGCGCGCGCCCGCCGGCCGACGGCGCCAGCUACCUGUCGGCGCGGCCCUACUGCCGGGCGCUCCGGCGCAGGACGGGCAGCAUCUCCAGCUCGCUCCCCAAGGUGUUCGCGCUCGGCUCCUUCCUCCAGCGCCUCGACUCCUCCCGCCACCACCACCACCACCACCACCCCGACGACGACCACGACGGCGGUGGCCGUGGCGAGGACAAGGACAGGAACCCCGACGACGAUGACGACACCGCCUCCGUCGCGAGCCUCGACGAUUCCUUCAUAUCGAUCAAGUUCGAGGACAACGGCAAGGCGACAUGGGUGGACAGCCAGCAGACGUCCCUAAAGCCGGUGCGCGAGGCGACGACGGCGACGACGGCGACGACGACGAAGACCCUGGUGGUGGAGCAGGCGAGCCGGCGGGGUGGCGUGACGCGGUGGCGGAAGCAGGUGGUGGGGCGGCUGCUGCAGCUGGCGCGGUGGAAGCGGGCGUCGGGCAAGCAGCCGUCGUCCUCGGCGGCGGCGGACCAGCGGUCGAAGGCGCGGGGCGGCGGCGGCCGGAGCUGGAUCCGGAGCCUGACGCGGCGGCGCGCCGCGCACGGCGAGAGGGCGUGGUCGUGAGCGGGCCACGGGCAGCUACGCGUCCACACGUGAUCGGUGGAUCGAGUAUGCACGUACGCACGCACGUGGCGCAUACAGCCAGCCACAGAUCCAUCCAUAUCUCCAUUUCCAUCCAGAUAUAUAUAUAUAUAUAAAUAUAUAUAGUAAUCAUAAUCAGAUAUAGAUAUAUAAUAUACUACACAGCAAAAGAAGGAAAGGAUCGCAUUCUGCAGAUCUCGUUUCUUUCCUUCCUGCAUGAGAGGUGUUUGUUUGUCCCCAGGAUUUUGCUCAUUAGUUUUGACAGAUAAAAACAGAUAGAAAAAAUUGGCGUGUUGUGUACAUAGAAAUGCCUGUAUUUUCUUUCUGUCAAGAAGUGGCAUGAUAUUACUCUGAACUUUGAAGUCUGGAUUGCCUGUGUAGUGUCAAUUUUCAGCAAAUGACACUGGUAAUUUUGGUUUGCAUCUCCAAAUGCCAUUUUAGCUCCUUGUGUGUGUGUGUCUUGUUUGUUGUCAUGUACUCCCUCCAUUCACAAAUAUAAGAUGCCUAAAUAUUUUUCUGAA